AUGGCCGAACACAGCACGGCUGUCGAGCCCACCAUGGUCGAAAAGCAGGAGAAGCGCAAACAGCCGAGCGACAGCGGCAGCCGAACGCCGUCGUCGGUCGACAGCAGCCGUGCCGUUGACGAGAAACCAAAGUCCCCGACAGGUUUUUUGGGCUUCUUUGCCAAGAUGGGCGAUCUACCAGAAUGGGGCUUCCACGGGAAGCGUCUCGAGGGCAAGCUGCUCAACUGGAGUAUCGGAUUCAUUGCGUCCUGUGGCUUCCUGAUGUUUGGAUAUGACCAGGGUGUUCUUAGUUCGCUUCUUACUCUCGAUGACUUCCAGAGGAGCAUCACCCUGAUGACGCCGCUGGACCAGUCAAACCCUCUCUGCUGGCUCGAUUAUCCCGAAAACACUCAACGAGACUACACCCAGUGCACUGGCGAUCCAAACACACAAGCCGCGGCUGUUGCUGUCUAUCAGAUUGGUUGUUUUCUGGGAGCUUUCUUGAUUCUCUUCUACGGCGAGACCUGGGGGCGCAAGUCGUCCACGUUCUGGGGCAGCGCCAUAAUGAUUUUCGGGACGAUCCUGCAGGCCGGCGCUCACGAAUACGGCCUGUUCUCGGGCGGCCGAAUCAUCGGCGGUAUUGGAAAUGGAAUGGUCACGUCGACUAUCCCUACAUGGCAAUCGGAAUGUGCCCGACCCCAUCAGCGCGGAUUUCUCAUCACUCUUUCUGGUGCUCUCAUCUCUGGUGGCAUCAUGAUUGCUUACUGGGUGGAUUACGGGUUUUACUUCCUCGAAGGCACCAUUCGCUGGCGAUUCCCGGUAGCAUUCCAGUCAUUCUUCACCAUCAUCGUCAUGAUCGGCCUCCUCUACCUCCCUGACUCGCCUCGUUGGCUAGCCAUGAAGGGUCGCAUGGAUGAAGCCCGGGAAGUUACAUCUCGCCUUCUCGGCAAGCCCAUUGAUGACGAGGAAGUCAACCUCGAAGUCAAAGCCAUCCAGGAAGCUCUCGAAGUCCAAAGCCAAGGCGGAAGAUUCAAGUAUAAAGAGCUCCUCACCAAUGGGCCGUCGCAAAACUUGAGACGAACUUCGCUCGGCAUCGCUGCACAGUUCUUCCAGCAGAUCUGUGGAAUCAAUCUGAUUACUUACUACGCUGGAUUCCUAUUUGAGAAUUCCCUCGGCUUCGGUCCCGAACUAUCUCGACUCCUCGCCGCUCUCAACGGGACAGAGUACUUCCUGGCUUCACUCGUUGCUCUCCCAUUGAUUGAGCGAACUGGUCGACGCAAGCUCAUGCUCUUUGGUGCGUUUGGCAUGAUGGCCUCAAUGGCGAUCCUGGCCGGAACUGUGUCUACGGGCACUGUUGCUGACAAUGGAGCCCCCAAUCUCGAAACUCGCUACGGAGUGACCGCCACGGUCUUUCUCUUUGUAUUCAAUUCCUUCUUCGCCAUCGGCUGGCUCGGAAUGACUUGGCUCUACCCCGCCGAGAUCACGAACCUCCGUAUCCGCACCCAGGCCAACGCCCUAUCCACCUGCUCCAACUGGCUGUCCAAUUUUCUGAUUGUAAUGAUCACGCCCCCCGCGUUUGCCAACUUGGGGUACCAGACAUACGUGAUGUUCGCCGUCUUCAACGCGGCCAUUAUCCCCUGCGUGUACCUCUUCUUCCCAGAACCCAAAGGAAGAAGCCUGGAGGAGCUUGAUGUAAUCUUUGCUAGUGCUCAUGCCGACAAGGUGAACCCCGUCAAACGGGCCAGAGAGAUGCGUCACGUUGAAGGUAGAGAGCUUGAGAACGAGUUGGAAAAGUAUUUUGGCUCUAGCGAGAUGGUCGAAGAUGCUCGGCCCAUGAUGCGCUAA